GGCGUCACGUGACGUCACCCAGCAAUCCGGAAGCGCCCGCACGUGUGCUCCGCUGCCUGCUCUGGGCCCCCCGGGCCCGUUGUCCCUGGACAUGGGUCGCGCCCGGCGGACAGGUGCGCACCGAGCCCGCUCCCUGGCCCGCCAGAUGAAGGCGAAGCGGCGGCGGCCCGACCUCGAUGAGAUUCACCGCGAGCUGCGGCCCCAGGUCCCCGCGCGGUCUCGGCCGGACCCAGCGUCUGAGCCCGACCCCGACCUGCCGGGGGGCGGCCUGCAUCGCUGUCUGGCCUGCGCGAGGUACUUCAUUGAUUCCGCCACCCUGAAGACCCACUUCCGAUCCAAAGACCACAAGAAAAGGCUAAAGCAGCUGAGCGUGGAGCCCUACAGUCAGGAGGAGGCGGAAAGGGCAGCGGGUAUGGGCUCUUAUGUGACACCCCAGCGACUGGCAGUGCCCACGGAAGUAUCCACUGAGGUCCCUGAGAUGGUCACAACUCCCUGCAUGACCUGAGGCUGCAAAGUGCGGGGGCUGCCCAUGGACAGCACUGCAAGGGCUAGGCUGAGAGGGGCUGUGCCGGCCUCUUUGGGCCCUGGGUUUGGGGAGUGGAUGGCCUCUCCUGGGUGCUCUCACCCCCAAUAAAGGAACUGGAUAGAGAA